AAUGAUUUUUACUUUAAAGAUAUAAAUUUAAUACAGUAGCGGAUAAAUUACGGUUUUGUUUUUUGAAAAUUAAAAAAGUAUUGUGAUUCUAAGUGAUUUUUUAAAUUCAUCCGACGGCGGAACUACGAUUCAGCCAAUUUCGUUAACUAACAAGCACCGUGACAACAACAUUUGGAAUUGAUUGGGGGUAUUGAGUCACUCUUUUGUGAUACGUUUAUUUUAGGUUUAUAAUUUUUUUUUUUCUUUCAAGUUUUUACCUGUUAAAAACCUUUGUAGGGGAUAAGAAAAAAACAGUAUUAAAUAAAACAAAAGAAUUCUCGUUAGUGUGAAUCAAAGAAAAUGAGUGAAAAAAACGCUUCAGAAAAUGGUGUAGAAAAACGUUAUGAAAUGAAUUCUUUUCCUCACAGAAUAACAGAUCAUCUUAUUUUGGACACAAAUGGCAAAAAGGGGGCGUCCAUUUCGAUUAAACCAGUUCAUCAUGCUACUGAUAAGAGAGAGUCAUCUGGUUUACGCUACGCAUACAAUUUGGAAGGCCAUGCCCAAAACGGUACACAUGGUGCAAUACAAUUCGAUUACAUGAACGAGAAUCGGGAAGCAGACCAGCUGGACUCGGAAACUAUACCGCAAAUGAAUGCCCCCUACUUUCAUGGGAUGAAUACAGUAGUGGAAACGGAGCGUGUUCCGCUUCCAGUUGAAUCCAAAGGAUUUGUGCACAUUUCGAAUCGAGAAGAUAAACGAUGGAAGGAAAAGUUAAUGGACAAUUACAAUGCAGAAAUGGAAAAAAAUGAAAAUACAAUGGAAGAUUUAACAUUAAAUCAAAUCAACGCACCAUACACGGAGUAUGUAACAGAAGAUGCUUUUCAAAAAAUUCAUAGUGAAUUCAAAGGGGAGAAUGGGAAAUUUUUAGCAAUGACAGCGUACGGGGCAGUUCCUUUACCAGAGGAAAUGAUGAAAAAAAUUCCCGAAAAAUUUGUGAUCAAACCCAUUAUUGAAGAGCGCGAAGUGUUUGUGAACAAACAAGAGGCCAUAACGCGUGUUUCUGAAAAAGAAUUUACUCAAUACACGCAUAAAUUUUCUGAUAUUGAUAAAAUAAUUUACGUUGAUAAAAUAAAGCCUAUUGAUGACGUGACUAUCGUUGAAGUUCCUUUUUUUAAAUACAAACCAAUUGUUGAAGAAAAAAUUGUUGAAGUUCCCUGCGGAAUUAAAUAUGUUGAAGUUCCUAUUGAGAUACCAUGUCGAAUUCCACCUCGUAUAGUCCCUGUUGGUAAAGAGCAUUUUGUGGAACGAAUUAUUGAAGCUUCCAAGCCUGUUGUACAAGAGAAAAUUGUUGAGGUUCAAGAAGUUGUACACAAAAAAGUUCCCAAAGUUGUUAUAAAGGAAAUUCCGUAUAUUGUUCCACGUUAUGUCGAAAAAAUUAUUGAAGUCCCUUAUAAACUUGAAAAUCAACUCCAAAAUGUUCAGGGAGUUCAAAUGACCAGGAUACCAACGCCUCCACCUUUACCCAUUCCGAUUCCUGAGAAUUUUAAAAGUCAAUUUGCAAACGACUAUUAUCAAACGACUGAAAAACCAUUAGAUGAUAAAAUAGAGACACCGUACGGUACUGUUGAAAACAAUACCUUUAUUCCCAACUCAACCUACGAUAAUUCUAAAUCUUCUUUACCCAAAACAUUUUAUUUACCCCAGCAUAUCAAACAUAUAAAACUUCCAUAUGAAGCUGAAAUUAAUGUUUCUGUUGUAGAGAAUUCUGAGAUUCCUGCUGAUGCGCCUAUUAUAAAUGUUGAUCGUCAGAAUUCUUGCCGUUACGACGCAUCACCAAUGCAUGGGAUGAUUGGAGAGGGAACCGAGGAGACAAACCAUAAGGAAUUGCUUCCUAGUGCAUUAAAUCCUGUGAUCGAACACACGAAUCCACAAAUGAGGGCUGUCGAAUUUCGAAUGAAACAAUCAGAACCUGAAGUACUGACGCAAGGGGGAGUAGUUGGAUAUUCAAGUUUUGAAAAUUCAAUUAAAUAAGUGUUCAGGAAUUAGAAAGAAUACAUUGUGACAAGAAACUAGUCAGCGUGUAAAAUGAAUGUUUAAAUUUAUUCUUUCAAGGUUAAAAUUAUCUUUUUGAUAAAUUUCACCAGCACUUCAAUUUUGUACACAGGUCAAAGAUUGAUGUCAAACAUUCAUAAAGAGUAAAUAAAGAAUGCAAUGUUACAGAACACAGACAAGUUAUUUUGUCUUCGACAGUGAUGCAUUUGGAAAUGGUACAUUUUAAAUUG